UGUCCUGUAAGCACGCAUUUUGUGCGGCCAUAUAUUACGUAAGCGAUAUAAUGAAAGUACGUAAACGGUAGCGUGCAAUGCGCGACGUGAGUUAUGCCACCGAUUCUCGUGGUCGUGCUUUUAGCAGUUCUGAACUUGUGUGAGCCACUGUAUCACGAUCAGUUCGCAAUACAUGUGCCUAGUGGAAAUGCAGAUGAAUUGGCGAACCGGCAUGGUUUUAUUAAUCACGGACAGAUCGGUAACCUGAAGCACUUCUAUCUCUUUUCCCAUCCACACGUGAGAAAGAGAUCAGUAAAUUCAAGCAUAGGAUACGUGAAUACAUUAAAAAAUGACCCACAGGUAAGAUGGGUGAUGCAGCAGAGAGAGUUACGAAGAACAAAAAGGGAUCAUUCUGCGCGCCCGGUGAUGCGGCAAUCAAAUUUAAUAUCAUUUCCAGACCCUUUGUUUAAAGAGCAAUGGUAUUUGAACGGCGGUGCGGCAGAUGGGUUAGACAUGAAUGUUGGGUACGCCUGGCGGAAGGGUUAUACCGGGAAGGGUGUUGUUAUCACAAUAUUGGACGACGGAAUCCAACCUAACCACCCUGAUCUGGCCCAAAAUUAUGACCCAGCGGCUUCGACUGACAUAAAUGGAAACGACACAGACCCGACACCACAAGACAACGGCGAUAAUAAACAUGGCACCCGGUGUGCGGGGGAGGUGGCGGCUGUCGCCUACAAUCGGUAUUGCGGUGUCGGCAUCGCAUACAAUGCCAGCAUUGGGGGAGUCAGAAUGCUAGACGGCCUCGUUAACGACGCAGUGGAAGCGCAGGCAUUGAGUUUCAACACUCAUCACAUAGACAUCUACAGCGCUUCCUGGGGACCGGAAGACGACGGAAAAACGGUCGACGGACCGGGCCCUUUAGCGAGAAGAGCAUUUAUAAAUGGGGUUACAAACGGGCGAGGCGGGAAAGGCUCUAUUUUUAUAUGGGCGUCGGGAAAUGGCGGCCGGCAUACCGACUCGUGUAAUUGUGAUGGCUAUGCAAACAGUAUAUUUACGAUUUCAAUAUCGAGUGCUACUCAAGGCGGAUAUAAACCGUGGUACUUGGAGGAAUGUUCGUCCACUUUAGCAUCGACAUAUAGCUCCGGCACUCCCGGGCGCGAUAAAAGCGUUGCGACUGUCGACAUGGAUGUGCAAUUACGACCCGAUCAUAUAUGCACCGUCGAUCACACGGGUACUUCUGCGUCCGCUCCACUCGCCGCAGGUAUUUGUGCUUUAGCUUUAGAGGCGAAUACAGUGCUCACUUGGAGAGAUAUGCAGCAUUUAGUAGUAAUGACCUCUCGACCGCAGCCACUCGAGAAGGAAGAAGGGUGGAUCGUAAACGGGGUAAAGCGGAAGGUGAGCCAUAAGUUCGGUUACGGCUUAAUGGAUGCAGGUCAAAUGGUUUCCCUGGCGGAACAAUGGAUAAGUGUACCGCCGCAACAUAUUUGCAAGUCACAGGAAAUAAACGAGGACAGGUCCAUUGAAACUUCUUUCGGAUACACAAUUUCCGUACAUAUGGACGUGAAUGGUUGUAGUGGCACUAUGAACGAGGUCAGAUUUCUGGAACAUGUUCAAUGUAAAAUUUCACUCAGCUUUUUUCCCAGAGGAAAUUUACGGAUAUUACUCACAUCGCCGAUGGGGACUACGUCCACACUUUUGUUUGAGCGGACUCACGAUGCGACCAGUUCGAAUUUCGACGACUGGCCAUUCUUGAGUAUACAUUUUUGGGGCGAAAAUGCCGAAGGACGAUGGACCUUACAGAUAAUAAACGCUGGAAAUAAUCACGUUACGCAGCCAGGAGUGUUGAAAAAAUGGCAGCUUAUUUUCUACGGCACAGCGACGAAUCCGAUAAGAUUGAGAAAUAAAAACUAUUUCGAUUCGAAUAACGCUCAGCAGGAGGAAAAAACCUAUCACAUUAACGAUGUAUAUGACGCGUCCGAAUAUUCCCAGUUCUUAAACGAAAUCGAGCUCGGGAUAUCAGAUCGACACAACUACCCCAAAAAUAUACCGUCUUCGCAGAGGAAAAAUGUGCUGGCAGAUGCGAACGAUAAACAAGUUCAGAGAAUGUGUGAUCCGGAGUGUGACUCUCAAGGUUGUUAUGGAAAGGGGCCAACUCAAUGUGUCGCAUGUAAACAUUAUCGUUUAGAUAACUCUUGUGUAUCGAGAUGUCCGCCGAGGAGCUUCGUAAAUCAGGGCGGAGUGUGCUGGCCUUGUCAUGAGUCAUGCGAGACUUGUGCAGGGGCGGGGCAGGACUCAUGCCUGACAUGUGCCCCCGCACAUCUCUUAGUUAUCGACUUGGCUGUGUGCUUACAACAAUGCCCCGACGGCUAUUACGAGGAUCCAGACGCAAACGCCUGUUUUCCAUGUGCCGAGCACUGUGAUACUUGCACGGAAAAGGCUGAUCUAUGCUCGUCAUGUGCACACAGCUAUGUAUUAUACAAUGGGUCUUGUUUGGCGACUUGCCCACCUGGGACGUUUCAAAAGGAUGACUUUGGUUGCAUGCCAUGUCAUGAGUUAUGUGAAUCAUGUAGGGGCCCCGGUGAAAUAGAAUGCAUUUCGUGUAGAAUUGGAUACUUCGCUUUGGAGAGCCGAUGUUUACCUAAAUGCCCAGAGGGAUUUUAUGCUGAUGUUCAGAAAAGAGAAUGUAUUAAGUGUCCGAUUGGUUGCUCAGUUUGUUUGAAUGGAGUUUGUUCUGUUUGCAAGCCAAAAUGGUUGCUCGCAAAAGGUGGUAAUUGCUUUCCAGAGGGCAAUGGAAAAUGUGACACGAGCGAAUAUUAUGAAGGAGGACGUUGCAAAAACUGUCAUUCCACUUGUGAGAAAUGUAGCGGACCAAACGAAUGGGAUUGUUUAUCUUGUUCGAGCCCCUUGUUAUUGCAAGGAUCGAGAUGCGUUGCGGAAUGCGGCCAAGGAUUCUACCAACGAGCUGGCAGUUGCUCUCCAUGUCCGCUAACUUGUACCAACUGCGUCUCUAGAUUGAAUUGUACAUCUUGUGCGGGUGCAUUACGCCUGCAAUCCGGUACAUGCCGGGCGACAUGCGCCCCCGGGUAUUAUCCGGAUGAGGCGAUAUGUUCGAAAUGUUACUUGUCUUGUGAAACAUGUACCGGGGCGAGACGGAAUCAGUGCGCGUCAUGCCCGCCCGAUUGGAGACUAGCGGCGGGUGAAUGCCGGCCUGAAUGCCCGCAGAACUUUUUCUCGUGGGGCGAUAGCUGCCGACGCUGUCAUCAUUACUGCCAAGAUUGCUAUGGUGCUGGACCGCAGAGGUGUACGUCGUGUCCGCCGCACUUUUCGUUGGAGAAUGGGUUGUGUGUGGAAUGCCUUAGUUCACAGUACUACGAGCCUAGGACCAGGACUUGUCGGCCAUGCCAUGAUUCGUGCAGAUCAUGUUCAGGUCCUGGGCCAACGAGUUGUGUUACAUGCGCACAUCCUUUGCGUUUAGAUAGAGUUAACCACAAUUGUUUGCCGUGCUGUACUGAGAAUGCGGUGUAUUCGAGUGGCAAUCAAUCUACAGAUUGCUGUCAUUGUGACAGGGAUAUUGGGGGCUGUUUAAACGGUUCAUCUGCGGGCAAGCGGCGCAUUGCAGAGAACAUUGGAUCACAUAUGACCGCUUCGUUUUUUGUCGGCGACGCAAAAACCAAGCCAAAUAUCUUUCACCGUGAUAUAUUGAUAGUGUGGAGCGGCGUCGCUACCGCACUUUUGGUCAUAGCCCUUGUGAUUGUGAUAAGGAUUAACGUAAAACGCCGCAACCAUCUCACAUUAUACCCCAAAGCGGUAUAUUCACAGCUGACCACGGUUGAUGAAGACCUAACAAAUCUGUCUUUGUCUAACACCAGCAAACUGAAAGUGACAGAGAGUGCUAUGAGUGCCCUUGAAGAACCGACUUAGUAAAAUCUAAAUACGGCGCGCGACGGCCUGACAUUUUGAACCGUAGUUAACGACUUUAAAUUUGAACAAAUAUUUAACGAAAAACAUUUUGAUAGUAUUAACCUUGCGUUAGAUAUAAUUUAACAGUUAUUUAAUAUGGAUCAAAAAUUCGGGCUCAUACUACAGACUGACUUGUAGAAAGUUUAUAUAGAUGUGUAACUCUAGUGUCUUUGGCUUGUAAAACGACCAAUAUAGUUUUUUUUUAACUUUUAACUUCUGUGUUAUAUAAGGUUUAAAAUUAUAGUUAAACAGAUGAAAAAAGGGUUAUUUGAGUUUUGUAUUUUGACCCUAAGGGUCCGUUUCACAAUGUCCGGAUAAGUUCCAAAUAAGCUAUUUAUUACUUAUUGGUAGGAUAAACAGUAUUUUUGCGUUUCACGACGCACGACUGUCAGAUAGCGCUAUUCGUCAUGAAAUGUGAAGUAUCUUAUUCGAAAUUUUUAUCUUUCGAAUAAUUUAUGUGUUGCAUAGUUAUUCGGUACUUUAUCCAUAAAUUGUGAAACAGGUCCUAAGUCUGAUUUAUUAAAUACCAUAUAUUUUUAAUGCAAUACAUAAAAUGAGAAUAUAUUAGAGACAUCGAUUCAUUUAAACAUACGUAAAACGACUUUGUAUUAGAACUAUAGCAAAAGUUAAUUCAGGUAUCUUAACGUUGAAAACGUUAAUCUGAUGUAAACGUAAAGUUUUAUAUUAUGUAUAAUAAAUAAAUUAUACCAAAUGGGUUCUUGUAUGUAUGCUUAUUUUUAAAUCUCUCCCAAAUAUCAUUACAAUUACGUCAUAAAACAAUUUUUUUGCAUAAGCAUUUCGCGCUAAAAGACAUGUUUGUAUAACUCGGCCGUUGUACAUAGAAAUUGAUCAAUUAUCAUAUACUUAGCUAUUGUUAUGUAAAUAUGUAAAUAGUAUGUAAAUAUAUUGAUGGUUUUUAUUACGGAA